AUGGCAUUUACAGCUUACUCUGCUCUCUCGUUCAAAUCCCUCCUCCACCCUGAACCCAUCAAACACCAUCCUUCACUCCCUCAGCUCCCAACCCACAAACCCAUCUCAGCCGUCCAUGCCGCCGAUCCAUCAAAGCCCUCCGGUGCACCACAACCCACCUUUCCAACCCAACCCAAAUGGAGCCUCGGCAGCUGGAGGGCCAAGAAGGCCCUGCAGCUCCCAGAGUACCCAGAUCAGGAGGAGCUGGCCUCGGUCCUCGGCACCCUCGAGACCUUCCCGCCCAUUGUGUUUGCUGGGGAGGCCAGGAGCUUGGAAGAGAAACUGGGUCAGGCUGCCAUGGGACAGGCCUUCCUUCUUCAGGGUGGUGAUUGCGCGGAGAGCUUCAAGGAAUUUAAUGCUAACAAUAUAAGGGACACCUUCCGUGUGCUUCUUCAGAUGGGCGUUGUGCUUAUGUUUGGUGGCCAAAUGCCUGUUAUUAAGGUAGGGAGAAUGGCUGGUCAGUUCGCGAAGCCAAGAUCAGAUCCAUUUGAGGAGAAAAAUGGCGUGAAGCUGCCUAGUUACAGAGGUGACAAUGUCAACGGUGAUGCGUUUGAUGAAAAGGAAAGACUUCCAGAUCCCCACAGGAUGGUUAGUGCUUAUUGCCAAUCUGUGGCAACUUUGAACCUCUUGAGGGCAUUUUCUACUGGAGGGUAUGCCGCCAUGCAGAGAGUCACCCAAUGGAAUCUGGAUUUUACAGAGCAUAGCGAGCAGGGAGAUAGGUACCGUGAACUGGCUAACCGGGUAGAUGAAGUCCUUGGAUUUAUGGCUGUUACUGGACUCACAGUUGACCACCCAAUCAUGACUACAACAGAGUUUUGGACAUCUCAUGAAUGUUUGCUUCUGCCUUAUGAACAAGCACUUACUAGGGAGGAUUCUACUUCUGGGCUUUACUUUGACUGUUCUGCUCACAUGCUGUGGGUUGGGGAACGAACCCGCCAACUGGACGGUGCACAUGUUGAGUUUUUGAGAGGAGUUUCUAAUCCCCUUGGCAUCAAGGUGAGUGAUAAAAUGGAUCCAAAUGAGCUUGUUAGGCUCAUAGAGAUCCUAAACCCCAAGAACAAACCAGGAAGAGUAACAGUAAUUGUGAGAAUGGGAGCUGAGAACAUGAGAGUGAAGCUUCCUCAUCUGAUCAGGGCUGUCCGCGGAGCAGGUCAAAUUGUCACAUGGGUUAGUGACCCUAUGCACGGAAACACAAUAAAAGCUCCUUGUGGACUCAAAACUCGUUCCUUUGAUGCAAUUAGGGCUGAGCUGAGAGCGUUCUUUGAUGUCCAUGAUCAAGAAGGAAGCUACCCAGGAGGUGUUCAUUUAGAGAUGACAGGGCAAAACGUGACAGAGUGUGUCGGAGGUGCACGAACUAUAACAUAUAAUGAUCUGAGUUCACGCUACCACACUCAUUGUGACCCAAGGCUCAACGCUUCACAAUCUCUUGAACUUGCCUUUAUCAUUGCUGAGCGGCUACGUAAGAGAAGGCUUGGAUCAAGGCACUUUCCGGCCUCUGCUGUUAUAUAG